AGAUGAACAUGUAUGAAGUGGACGAAUAUUGUCGAGGGGAAUUUGGACCAAUCACAGGGCAGCUUCAUCAUCAUCUGAUUGAACGCAGCUGUGUGGGUAAACUGGGUAAAGUAGUAAAGUAGUAAAGUAGUGUAGUGAGUUGCGUGAAUGAUGGACGAGUCAGCGUUGGAGCGUUACUUUGAUGACUCCAUUGCAAAUGAGUCCUGCUUCAUGGUGGAGGGGGAGCAGGGCCUCCAAAGCCCUGCCCACUCGCUUCCGGGCCCCGCCUCUGCAAGUCAGGACUCCGCCCUCCACUCAAUGAAGGCGGGACCUCACGAAAAGCUGACCGAGGAGCUGGACCUCAGCUUUCUUCCUGACGAACUCGGCGUACAAGAAGACGCAGGUGUCAACACGUCCCAGGACAGCGGCAUCGGGCUCGACUAUGGUUGCCAGAAUUCCACGGUGAACCCAGGGGAACCCUCGCAGGGGUCGUCCACGGUGGCGACCACCCUCUUCUGCCCCAUGACCCCCAUGACACCUAUGACCCCUAUGACCCCUGUGACUGAGAAGUCGGGAAUCAUCCCGCAGCUGCAGAACAUCGUGUCAACCGUCAACCUGGGCUGUCCUCUGGACCUCAAGUUCAUCGCCCUUCAAGCCAGAAAUGCCGAGUACAACCCAAAGCGCUUUGCCGCCGUGAUCAUGAGGAUCCGUGAGCCCAGAACCACGGCGCUCAUCUUCAGCUCGGGGAAGAUGGUGUGCACUGGAGCCAAGAGUGAGGAGCAGUCUCGACUGGCGGCCAGGAAGUACGCCCGCGUGGUGCAGAAGCUGGGCUUCUCGGCUCGCUUUCUGGACUUCAAGAUCCAGAACAUGGUGGCCAGCUGUGAUGUCUGCUUCCCCAUCCGACUGGAGGGACUGGUUCUGACACACCAGCAGUUCAGCAGCUAUGAGCCGGAGCUUUUCCCGGGUCUCAUCUAUCGGAUGGUGAAGCCUCGAAUCGUCCUGCUGAUUUUCGUGUCGGGAAAAGUGGUUCUGACCGGAGCCAAAGAGCGUGGCGAGAUCUACGAAGCAUUCGAGAACAUUUAUCCCAUCCUGAGAGGUUUCCGGAAGCAGUGACUAAUUAUUUCUUAUUUCUUUGUAUUUGUAAAUAUUUGAAUUGUGUUUGAUGACAUGAAAAUAAGUAAAGUUCGACCAAACAACUUAACCUAUCAACAACCCAGAUUUGUUGACAGCUCUGAAGCAAGCUCCACCCCUUGGCAGUGACGAAAACGAGAAAUAAUAAAUAUACACUUUAUAUCAGGGGUCUCAAACACGCGGCCCGCGGGCCUAAUGUGGCCCACAGGACACUAGUUUGAGGCCCCCGCGCAAGUUUGA